CUUAGACAGACCAUGACAAAGUUCUGUCAAGAGCAUUUGGCUCCGAAGGCCCAACAGAUUGACCAGGAAAAUGAAUUCAAAGGCAUGCGGGAGUUUUGGAAGAAACUUGGGGAAAUGGGAGUUCUGGGGAUCACAGCUCCUGCGGAAUACGGUGGAUCUGCUCUGGGGUACCUGGACCACGUGCUGGUGAUGGAGGAGAUUUCCCGUGCGUCAGGAGCUGUUGGGCUCAGUUACGGCGCCCACUCCAACCUUUGCAUCAACCAGCUGGUGCGGCACGGCAGCGAGGCCCAGAAGAGCAAGUACCUGCCCAAGCUGAUCAGCGGAGAGCACAUCGGAGCCUUAGCGAUGAGCGAACCCAACGCUGGGUCGGAUGUUGUGUCCAUGAAGCUGAGAGCUGAGAAGAAAGGAGACUGCUUCGUUUUGAAUGGGAACAAAUUCUGGAUCACCAAUGGGCCGGAUGCAGAUGUUCUCAUCGUUUAUGCUAAAACUGACGUGAGCGCUGUUCCAGCCUCCCGGGGUAUAACCGCCUUCAUUGUGGAGAGGGGAACGCCAGGUUUCCGCACAGCCCAGAAGCUGGAUAAGCUGGGGAUGAGGGGGUCCAACACCUGCGAGCUGAUCUUCGAGGACUGCAAGAUCCCCGCUGAGAACAUCCUGGGGACGCUGAGCAAAGGAGUCUACGUGCUGAUGAGCGGGCUGGACCUGGAGAGACUGGUGCUGUCUGGUGGCCCGCUGGGGCUCAUGCAGGCUGUUCUGGACCACGCCAUUCCCUACCUGCACGUCCGAGAAGCCUUCGGACAGAGGAUUGGCCACUUCCAGCUGAUGCAGGGGAAGAUGGCCGAUAUGUACACGCG